AUGAAAUUGCUGAAUGCCGGGAUUAUCUACCCAAUUUCUGACAAUAAAUGGGUUAGUCCAGUUCAUGUUGUUCCUAAGAAGGGUGGAGUUACAGUGGUGAAAAAUGACAAGAAUGAGCUGAUUCCGACGCGGACGAUCACUGGACACCGGAUGUGUAUUGAUUACAGAAAGCAUAAUGCUGCAACAAGGAAAGAUCACUUCCCACUGCCCUUCAUUGACCAGAUGCUUGAGAGGAUUAAGAUAGAAGAUGAUGUUCCAAUUCAUGAUUCACUGCGAGAAGAGAAUGUAUACUUUGUUGAUAUUGGUUCUCAAGCCACUUUGUCUCGUGAAGAUUUGCAGACUCUCGGCAGUGCAUCGAUCGACACAGCUGGUGCAUCGAUCGAUGCAACAUCUCGAUACGAACAGAAUUUGGCGAAUGCAUCGACCAACGCAUCACUAAGCAUCGAUCGACGCAACCCUCAGGAAUCAUUGGGUUACGAGUUUGAUGACAAUGUGGCUGCUGUGACUUCUACUGAUCAACCGUGGUAUGCUGAUAUCGCGAAUUACCUUGCUGCAGAGGUGGAACCAGACAAGUUUACAGGAUAUGCUAAGAAGAAGUUCUUGAGAGAGCUUACGAGAUACUAUUGGGAUGAACCAUACUUGUAUAAGCAUUGUUCAGAUGGAGUUUACGGGAGAUGUCUGGCUGCGAUUGAGGUUCCUGAUGUGUUAUUUCAUUGCCAUGGAUCAGAUUAUGCUGGUCACUUUGCUACCUUGAAGACAGUUUCCAAAGUACUUCAAGCAGGGUUUUGGUGGCCAAAAAUGUUUAAGGAUGCUCAUCAGUUUGUGUCUAGAUGUGAUGCUUGUCAGAGAAGAGGACAGAUUAGUAAGAGACAUGAGAUACCACAAAAUUUCAUCCUUGAGGUUGAAGUUUUUGAUUGUUGGGGCAUUGAUUUCAUGGGACAAUUCCCUUCUUCUUACAAGAACAACUACAUCCUUGUAGCUGUUGACUAUGUCUCCAAGUGGGUGGAAGCUAUUGCAAGUCCCAAGAAUGAUUCUGCUGUGGUUCUUAAGCUGUUUAAGACCAUCAUAUUUCCAAGGUUUGGAGUGCCUCGGAUUGUCAUCAGUGAUGGAGGAAAGCACUUUAUCAAUAAAGUGUUUGAUAAGUUGUUGAAGAAGUAUGGGGUUCAACAUAGAGUAGCUAGUCCUUAUCAUCCUCAGACUAGUGGACAAGUUGAGGUUUCCAAUAGGCAGAUUAAGGAGAUUCUGGAGAAAACUGUGGGUGUUACAAGGAAGGAUUGGGCUAUGAAGCUUGAUGAUGCACUUUGGGCCUACAGAACUGCAUAUAAGACACCACUUGGCACUACUCCUUUUCAUCUGCUUGAUGGGAAAGCAUGUCAUCUUCCAGUGGAGUUAGAGCACAAGGCAGCCUGGGCUGUUAAAUUGCUGAAUUUUGAUGUCAAGACAGCUUCAGAGAGAAGGUUGGUUCAGCUGAAUGAGUUAGAUGAGUUUAGACAUCAUGCAUUUGAGAACUCUAAGCUGUACAAGGAGAGAACCAAGGCUUAUCAUGAUAAGAAGAUCAUUUCCAGAAAUUUUGAGCCCAAUGAUCAGGUACUUCAGUACAACUCUCGCUUGAAGCUGUUUCCUGGAAAGCUUCGUUCUCGCUGGUCCGGACCAUUCACUAUCCAAGAAGUCCGCCCCUUUGGAGCUAUUGUGCUGCUUAACUCCAAGGGAGAAAAGUUUUUUGUCAAUGGACAGAGGGUGAAAUACUAUUGGGCUGAAGCCAAGAUACCAGACGGACACAUUGUGCGUUUGGAUGAUGCACCUUCUGCCUAA